CAAAACCCCAUUUAGAAACCAGCAAAAGCCUGAUAUUAGAGGGUAUCAUUUCUUUUUCUUUUUCUUUGCUUUCAUAGUUGCAAUCUUGAAACCUCAUCUCUCGCCUUUCUCUUUCUUUGAGUUAUAUUUAUGCAGUGAAAAAGGCAGAAAAAUAACAAAGAGUCUGAGUCUGACAAGGUCAUCAAAACCACCAAAAGCUUGAAAAGAUUUCUUCCAUGACAGACAUUUAGACAGAAACGUGUUAUUAAGUUAAGAAAAAGCAUGAAUUGAACAUCAAAAUGGGUUGAUUUCUUGACUUCAAGUCAAGCUCUAGUCUUCUCUUCGCCAAGUUCUUUGGAGAUUUUAUUUAACAAGAAGAAUUUUGCAGUUCCCGUAUACUGCAACAAGUGUCUUUUUUUUUUUUAGGGCUUUCAAAUCAAUAUGGCGACGUACUUUCAUGGGAGCUCAGAAUUCCAAGCUGCUUCAGUUGCUUCACCUGAUGGGAUGCAAACGCUCUAUCUCAUGAACCCCAACUAUAUACCCUACUCUGACACAAACCAACCAUUUGCUGCCACUAAUCUGUUCUUCUUGAACCCCGCCGGCAACGCGCUAAACCCUUCAAGCUUUCCCCACACGCCACCACCUAACUAUCACCACCUCCUUGGCCUCCCUCUUCCGACACCCACCGCUUCGAUCGUACCGGCCAAUUCCAAUGAAACCCACCGUCCAUCAUCCCUUCAUGGUAUAGUCUCCGGUGUUCACUAUAACUCAUGGGGAUCAAGUUCAACUAUUGAUCAUCAGACUUCAUCAGCAAGUACCUAUCCUCAGAUUGUGUCGACUGCUGUAGAUAACUCGGCCGCCAGGCCCCAUGAUGUUGCGUCGCAGUUGCGGCCGGUGGUGGUUUCACCAAGGCAAGGAUUAUCCUUGAGUCUAUCAUCCCAACAAGUUCCUUAUAGUUCAAGUACCGUUGAAGCAGAUCAUAUCCAAGGACAAGUUCCAACUAUGUCACCAGCAGCUGCUGAUGAAAUGAGGAUAUCUGGGAAUUCACCGUCAUCGGCUUCUGUUGUUUCGAAUGGGAUUCCAGGCGUUCAAAGUGUGGUUUUGGGAUCAAAGUACUUGAGAGCAGCACAAGAGCUUCUCGAUGAAGUUGUUAAUGUGGGGAAAGUGAUAAAGCCUGAGGUGUCUGAGGGGACCAAGGAGAAGAUAAAGGCGGACAAAGAACCGGUAGGUUCAAGUGCUGGUGAAGAUGGGGCUCAACGUGGACCUGAGCUCACCACCGCACAAAGACAGGAGCUUCAAAUGAAGAAGGCAAAACUUGUCAGCAUGCUCGAUGAGGUGGAACAAAGAUACAGGCAAUACCGUCAACAAAUGCAAAUUGUUGUUUCAUCGCUAGAGAAGGCAGCGGGGUUUGGUGCAGCAAAAUCGUACACCGGACUUGCUUCGAGGACGAUUUCGAAGCAAUUCCGUUGUCUGAAAGAUUCAAUAUCUGACCAAAUCAAAGCUACAAGCAAGAGUUUAGGAGAAGAUGAUUGUUUAGGUGUGAAAUUGGAGGGUUCAAGACUACGAUACGUUGAUUAUCAGCUACGGCAACAGCGGGCACUGCAGCAAUUGGGAAUGAUCCAACACAAUAAUAAUGUUUGGAGACCCCAGCGAGGAUUACCUGAACGAGCUGUUUCUGUUCUACGUGCUUGGCUUUUCGAGCAUUUCCUGCAUCCCUAUCCUAAAGAUUCAGACAAACACAUGCUCGCCAAACAAACUGGGCUUACAAGAAAUCAGGUGUCAAACUGGUUUAUAAAUGCUCGAGUCCGCCUGUGGAAGCCAAUGGUUGAAGAGAUGUAUUUGGAGGAAAUGAAGGAACAUGAAAGGAAGGGUGGUGAAGAAAAUAUAAACAAAAGUGAGCAAAAGGAGUCAGGGUCUACCAGCUCCAAAUCCAAUGCCCAGCAGCAAGAGAUGAAUGCUUCCCCUACUCAUCAAAUUUCCAACUCCACUAUCUCCACAUCUCCCAUGGAAGGGUCCCUUAUGCCGCCGCAAACAUCCUUCAAUCUCAUCGGAUCAUCUGAACUUGACAAUGGCGUGGGCGUGGCUCAAAGAGCUUCAAAAAAGUCAAGGAAUGUUAAUGAUGAGUUGCAGAAUUCUCCCGUGGAGAUGAAGCCGGGUGAAACGUGGGAAACUAACAUCAACAUGAUUAAGCUCGGCGAUGAAGAAAGGCUACUCAAACACAGUUUUUCAUACUUGAGUGGAACAACUUACACUAGUAUGGGAGAGAUUGGGAGGUUUAAUGAAGAACAGCAACUGCCACCAAAAUUCCAUGGAAACAGUGUUUCCCUCACCCUCGGACUUCCUCAUUGCGAGAAUCUAUCUCUAUCGAGGAACCCACAAAACUUCCUAUCGAACCACAACAUUCAACUUGGGAUCAACACCCCGCAUGCUUCCCAUUCAAACGCCGCCGGCUUUGACAACAUUCAUGAGAUGCAAAACAGGCAAAGGUUUGCUGCACAGUUGUUGCCAGAUUUUGUUGCCUGACUGAAAUCCAAUUUCACAUUGCACAUGGAUGCACUCAUGGUAUGGGGUAUUAUACUUAUACAAUAUUUACUUCAUUUCCUUUCUAAACGACUGGGGUUAUUGGGAUUACUAGUUUGGGAAAUUACCCAAUAGGGUUCUCAUUCAUUAAUGAUAUUAUAUUCCCCCGACAUUCAAAGGAUAUAUUUGAUGAACAAGUUUGGUUAGCAAA